AUGUACGGCCCCGGCAAAACUAAAAACCCGAGCAACAAUCUUCUGAGCGCGAGCACCCGGGGAGACAGCAUCGAACACCGAUUCCGAUCCCUUUACGAUCUACCGACCAGGGAACGCGAGGUCGAGCCUCAUAAUUCCAGAUUCACGACCGGUUACUUACCUCCCACCAUCAUGUUCUCUCUCCGCUCCGUCCUGGGAGCCCCGGCCGCCCUCCGCCAACUCCUCCCCUCCGUCUCUCGUCGAUCUCUCCCUGGAGCUAUCUCCCUCCGGCCCUUUUCGCACAUGAUCCAGAACAGCCUCACGAGGUUGCGGGCGGCUUCUAAGCAGAACAACAAUGCAGUUGCGGCGACUGUUGGCGCCUCCCGGCAGAUCGAGCAGGUCCGCGGAAUGAAGACCCGGUCCUCGGUGAAGCGGCUGUGUGAUGGUUGCAAGCCCGUUCGUCGAAAGAACCGUGUUUACAUUAUCUGCUCCAAGAACCCCAAGCACAAGCAACGACAAGGCAAAUAA